GCGCGAGAGCACGAGUAGACGAGAGGGUGCCCGCGCACGCGCUAUUAUUGUUUUGACUGAAAAUGCCGUCGGUUUCGAAAACGGCGGCGAGCGCUUCUCCUCAAACCGAGAAACCAACCCACUAUACAUAUUUGAAGGAGUUCAGGACCGAGCAGUGUCCACUGUUUUUGCAGCACAAAUGCACACAGCACAGACCCUUUACGUGUUUCCACUGGCAUUUUCUAAAUCAGCGAAGACGGAGACCCAUACGAAGAAGAGAAGGGACUUUUAAUUAUAGCCCAGAUGUGUAUUGCACGAAGUAUGAUGAAACAACAGGAAUAUGUCCCGAUGGAGACGAUUGCCCAUACUUACACCGGACCACCGGGGACACAGAGCGCAAGUACCAUUUACGCUACUACAAGACCGGCACCUGCAUCCAUGAGACAGAUGCUCGCGGACAUUGUGUGAAGAACGGCCUCCACUGCGCCUUCGCUCAUGGACCACACGACCUUCGGCCACCCGUUUAUGAUAUCAGAGAGAUCCAGGCACAGGAAGCUCUGCAGAACGGCCAGUUGGGAUCGGGGGAGGGAAUUCCUGACCUGCAGCCGGGUGUGCUGGCCAGCCAGGCCAUGAUUGAGAAGACCCUGAAUGAGGACCCACGCUGGCAAGACACUAAUUUUGUUUUGGCCAACUAUAAAACUGAGCAGUGCACCAAGCCUCCACGUCUAUGCAGGCAGGGCUAUGCCUGUCCCCAUUAUCACAACAGCAGAGAUAGAAGAAGAAAUCCCAGAAAGUUCAAAUACAGGUCGACGCCCUGCCCGAGUGUAAAGCAUGGCGAUGAAUGGGGCGAACCCUCCAAGUGUGAGAGUGGGGACAGCUGUCAGUACUGCCACUCUCGCACCGAACAGCAGUUCCACCCAGAGAUUUACAAAUCGACAAAAUGCAACGACAUGAGGCAAACUGGAUACUGCCCGAGGGGUCCAUUCUGUGCUUUUGCACAUGUGGAAAGAAUUCCUUCCACAGAGGAGACUAUGAGCACGCUGCUCACAGCAAUGCAGUCAGGUUCUCAGUCCAAGCUGGGCUCUCUGCAAUAUCCAGAGUGUCCAGUCAGCGAGUGGAGCAGCAACAUGAAUUCCAUCACCAGCAGCGCCAGUAACAACGGCCAGACAGCACACGUAUCAUGCUCUAAUAGUCCAACUGUUACACCAGGCUCAGGAAGUUCUUUGUCCCCAAUUGGACCCAUCAGCAGGCCAAAAUGCUUUACUAAUGGUAGCUUUUGUUCAGAGUCCACCACGUCCAGUGUUUCCUCUCCAACGUCUAGCUAUCCCAGAGCUCCGGGUUUUGAACGGGAGGAUCAGGCAAAGAACCAGAAGAGCCAGUCUGGGGAAAAUAAUCAAAGGUUAAUGGAUCAAGACAAACAGGCUCAUAGCAAUGUGUUCUCAGUGGUGAACCCAUUAACAUCCAGCAUAACAUCAAGCAUCACGUCCAGCUUGGCCUCAAGCAUCGGAUCUGACAGAUCGUCACCCACCACUUUAUCAACCAUGAAUGCAAAAGCCACACCUUUCUAUCCAGGCAGCAAUACUGUGGAGUCAGUAAUAGGAUCUGCACUUGACCUGAAUUUUAGUGACAUCAAUGUUGCCUCCCUUGACAAAGAGCUAGAGGACCAAGACAGCAAUGGCCUUGGCUUACCAAGUCAGAGGUUAUUAGGAGGCUCUGCUCCUGUCAAUAUUCCUGGCUCUCUAGCUCGGUCUUCUUCUGUGCAUUCCUCAUCGUCUCUAUCUGCGUCCCCGCUCAGCUCUCUGUCUCAAUCCCUGUCCCAGUCUCUCCUCACUGGAAUGGCCUCCCAGCAGAGCCAGCCACAAGCACCACCUGUUAAAACCGAGCACGGCCUUCUGGGAACAACCACAUCUACGCAGAACUCCUUAGGUCUGAAUGGCGGAGCAGGGGGAAUAUGGGACUUCAUGAGUGGCAGCUUCUCUCCCAGCCCGUCUCCUGUGUUCAGCAGCCUUACUUCCAGCACGGUCGGCUCCAGCAGUGCAGACAUCGGCCGGCUCCUCCGAGAACUGGAUGAAGCCAAGCGUAAGAUAAAGCAAUGGGAGGAGGCCUGGCACCAAGUCAAACAGGCCUGUGAAGCGUGGCAGAAAGAUGCGCACGAAGCGAAGGAGCAAGCUAAAUCGGCAGAGGCGGAGCGGCAGCUAGCGGAGCAGAAGCGGGAGGACACCGAGCGCAAGCUGAAGGAACUGCAGGUAGACUUUGACAUUUUGUGUCGCUCAUCCAACACGCCUCUCCUGCGCAGCUACGGCGAGCUGGACCAGCUCCCCCUGCCAAAGCUCCGCUCCAUCCAGAGCCAGCUGCGCAAUGACCUAGACCUCAUAGACGGGGUAAUAUAUCAGCUUCAGUCAAAGAAAUGUAUAGUUUGCCAAAAGCAUGAUCGUUCCAUUGUCCUGCAGCCUUGCCAACAUUAUGUACUUUGUCAGAACUGUGCGUCUAGUAAAAUGGAAAUGUCCUUACUGUAAGACGAAAAUAUUGAAGUGGUGAUGUACAGCUAUCCAAGGUACUAUUUAAUGAUUUAGCCCUUUGAAGAACUACUAAUACAUAUUAUUAUAAUUAUUAUUAUUAUGCUUACAGUUUCUAAAUAGCAUUUUUUUGUCUCUGUGUUUCAGUAUUUCAUAAAGUGAUUCAAUUGAUUAGUUUUAUUAAAUCUAAUAAGUGGUUUUUGACUGAUACAAAUCAAGUACUUAAAUGCAAUACCUGUUUUGUACAAGCUAGGUUAUCCAUUUUCAUUAAGCAUUUAACUAUUCCCCCUUGGUUAUUGCUGUUGGCAUUUAUAGUCGAUUGGCCCUGAUUUGACUGUUAGCAACAAAAUCAUCGGCCCAACGCAAUUAUUGCUACUAGCUGUGUGAAGAGGAUUCGUUUCUUGAUAAGCACUUUGUUGACUUGGAAAAUUGUCUGAGGGUAUUUUUUUUUUCCCAUUAGAAAAUUUUGCUUUAAGCUGCUUUGUAGUCAUUUUGUAUUAUUUUCUUAGAUUUAUAUUUUUUCCCAAAUAUGUAUGAAGCUUUUGUGUGUACUGUGAAACAUAAUAGAAUAUUUCAUUUUUCUAACUGUUAAAUCAUGGUAUAGUGUAUAUAUCUUGUUAGUUUUCAUAUAAAAUAGUACUAGAUAGUAGUUAUUAGUUUCAUUGUUACUUAAAUUUUUCAAAAAUCAAAUAAGUGCAAACUUUGAAUGCAUUUUAGGCAUAACCAGCAGCUGUAAUAUCAGUAAGGCACAUACUGUAUGCUAAGACAUUUAGUAAAUGGAUUUCUCCAUCUUAUAGUGACUAUUUAGAUACAUUAUGUAGUUGUUAGAUGAGCACAUGUGUGCUGAAGUCCUUGUUUGUUUUUUGGACUUUAGCCUUUCAGAUAUGUUAGAACAUAUAUCUGAUUCCUGGCCACUCCCUCUUAAGUGCCUUGCCUUACAAACAUCUGUGAAGAGUUUAGGAUUGUAGUAGAAAAACCCAUAGCGUGCGCAAAUUUCUUCAAAGUGUGUAUUUUUCAGUAGUACCAUAUUAUCGGAGCAUUUAGCGGACCAAUUCAGUACUAAAGUAUUUCCGAGAGACUUCACCCUGGUCGGUGCCUGAGCUCUGAGGUUCAGCUGAAAAAUCAAUUCUUUUCCAUAAAUAACGAUGGUGCUUUUUGGGUGCAGCUUCAUUAUCCUUAGAAGUGUCGAAUCAUCCUUGAUUUAAAUGUGUAGGGAUAUUCAAAUCAGGAAACACGUGCGUUUCUUUGGUUACAAAAACGAAACUGGCUUAGUACAUUUCUGUUUAUUGAAAUGUGUAGAAUCGUCGAGCUCUGUAGAGUUUACCGACAGAAAUCAUUGGUGUUUUUCGUAUCCAAAUUCGACAGUGUAAUGUGCUUAGGUAAUCUAUUUGAAAUGACCUGCUACUGUGUUAUCUGAAACUUUUUUUUUUUUUCUUGUUCCUUUCAUAUUUACAGCAACGAGUUUGUGCGGUAAAUUGUCAGGUACAUACUACAUAAAGGUGCAUAAAGUUUAACCGGGAUUACCAGUUUACUUCAAAAGGGAUGGUUAUUGAGGAUCUCGUAUUUGAUUUCAGCUUCACGAGGCAGAGACUCUUUCUUGUAUUCGUAUCUUAAUCCACAAGGUCUGUAUGUAGCUGAUGUUCUUGACAUUUGGACUGAUUUGUCACUGCAUGUGUCGGUGUGUAACUUCUGUUAACCAGCUGAAGCUCUUAAUCACACUGCCAAAUCUGUUUGUGUUGAGCAGAUGUAUCCAGUUGUUGGUUCGGCAUCUGAGUGUUUUUGUGCUGUGCUUUAAAAGCAUUGACUUUGUGCUAAUCUUUUCUAGUCUGAUUAGGGGAGAUGUUUUUUCUUUCCGGUGACAUAGAUAGGUUGAAAUGGUUCAAAACAGCUCGGGGUAUUGUGAUGUUUCCGACACUGAAGUGUUCAAGAGCUUUGCGGACAUGUCACUUUAUUGAGGGAUUAGUUGCAUUGUUUGGUUACUGGACCACAACGUAGGGUUUUGUAGAAUUCUAAAAUGCGGUUGAAAUCUUUGACAUUUCGCACAACGUUUAUUUCUCAAAUAAAGAGUUCUAUCGAAUCAAAUGUGGACUUUACUUAAAUGAACCAAAGUGGUUUUAUAGUUUAAGCUCGAUUCAAAGUUCAAUUGAAGUGGUGUACAAUUACUAUAUCAGUUUUUAAAUGUUUAAUUUGACAGGACAACUAUGCCAACUGCUUUUCCUGACAAUAUUAAUGGACUGAAUGCCCAUUUUUGUAGUUUCUACCAAAGACCUUUAGUAUUCUUUGUUCUCUCUUCAACUGCAUUUUCUUUUUAACAUUCUGAGGAAAUAAGUUAGAAAUAUGACCAAAUCCAGUACUUUUUUUUUAUAUAUACACAUAAUGUGCAUUCAAAAAAUCCUAAUGAAUCACAAAUCUUUAUGAACUGAAUAUAAAGAUUUUUUGUUUUUUUAAUUUCUCAGUGAAAACGGUAACAUAGAAAUGGCUGUUGUCUACAGUGAAGGAAUGUCAUAGUAAUGAAUGGAUAUUUGUGUUAAUAUUCUUAAGUGGCCAUAUGGAUUAGUGCUUAUUUGAAGUAUAUAUUAUUUCUUUUUAUACUACUAGUACUUAUUCGUAAAAUUCUGAAAUCGGUUUUGAAACAUUAGUUGUUGUGCACUACAUGUAUGCUGUCAGGAAUAUAAAAGAGUACUCGGCCCGUAAGGUGCUUUCUUUCGUUUCCAUUUGACUGGCGUUUGUUUGUUUAGUAGGGAUUCUUAAGAAUUUGGAUAUGAAAGAAGAAAUCUUCUAACUUAUUUUUUAUUUUAUUAUUAAUACUUUUUUUUACCUUGAAGUUUAUUAUUGUAUUGUCAAAUGUUGUCUACCAUGACGGUGUAGAACAUGUUUGAUUGUGAUGUAAAGUGGCUCCCUUGUUCUUGCUAGUUCAAAUGGCUGAGACAGACAGUGGGUUACAUUUAUGAAAAUUGUUCAAGUAUCUACAUUUCCUAGCCUUAAACCUCACUUUUUGGUCUAGUUAUGUUUUCCAGUUAUAGUAAUGAAUAAGAAAAUAAAUAUUUUCUUUUUUUAAUUUAAAAGUAAAAAAAGAAAAACAUUUACAAUCAGUCAUUCUGCUUGAAAACAUGAAGUCUUGUAAGGAUCGAGUCUCUUUUGAACAAAUGUGUGCCUUUAAUAAAAACACAUUGAAAGUAUUUUUGAUUGAACAAAUGGAUAAUUCCAGUUUCGAAAAUGAGCCGAGUUUUAGUGCCUUGGGAUACUUUAAUUUGUAUUUCUCAAUGCACGAGAGUCCCGUCUUAGACUUUUUACAGACCAGUGUAUUAAAAUAUGACCUAACUACUCUGCCAUGCCUUUGAACAAUUUAAGUUUGAGUAAUAUGUGAUUUAUUCAGAUAAAGAACCAUUUAUUGAUGUUGGAAAGUCAGCAUGAUGAUGCAUGUACACAGUUUCUGCUGUCAGAGUAACAGUUCAGGUGUUUUACAACGGUAUUCUUUACCAAGGGUGUGUUAAAAGUAGCAGCUCAUCUGAACCGUUCAUGAAGUAUGUCAAAAUUAAAGUGGAAUUGUUAUUAAAAACAAGUUAUUUUGGGCUUCCAACUGAUUUUCUGUCAAUUGUUUGCCUAACAAUGAUUUUCUGUACAAAACCCCCCUGUCUGCAUCAGCCAUUUUAAUACCAACUGUAAUCUUUAACAAAAAUGACCAUUUAAUGUUGACGUAAGACCAGGCAUCUGUAAUUAAAGAAGCACCAAGGAAUCUUUUGUUUAGCAAUGUAUAAAAUAAUGUAUUGGAAAUUUACCAUAAUGCUCUGCAGUGGAAAUAAUCAUUUUUCUUUCUUUAUGCAUUCUUGUGGAUUUUUCUUUUAUUCAUUUCUUUGUUUUUCUAAUUUUGUUCUCUGUCAUAAAUGUGAUUUAUUGAACCUAAGGAUUUAUGCAAUCUUGUAUAUACAUAUUACAUUUGAAACUGGUUAAAUUUAGCGAACUAGCCAGGAGGAAAAUACCUAUUACAAUAGUACAAUUUUGUAAGCGGAUAAUAAUAAUAGUAAUAAUAAUAAUAAAAGCCAGAAUUUUUGGAACCACUGGUCCCUAUAAUUAAUGUUACGGUUAAUCGAACAUUAAAUCCCUGAAUAUUGAAUGUACCAUUCAAAUUAGAUAUAAAAUGGGUCACUGGAAUAGCAUAGAGAACAGUUCAUCUAUAAUGAUGUAGCACUAGUUUUGUUAAAUGCGACACAUAACGAAUAAAUUUAUUAAGUUAAACACAAUUGCAGUUUAUGUAUUUAUCCAUGUAACAUUUUGAUGGGAAUAUGAGAUGUAUUUUUCUCAGGGUUUUACAGGAGAACUGUAGAAUAGAGCGAGAGGUCCAAUUUUCAAAGGAAACUGCAACUCACAGAUUUAUUAGCUCAAAAGUCAAAAUGAGGAAAUCGUUUAUAUUGAAUGGAAGAAACAUAUCCCUUAUUUUGGUACAGUAUACAUCAAUAUAUAGAACAGCUUAUAUUCUAAUCAGUGUUGAAAUACUAUACAAUUUGCUGUCAAUAUAAUACUUUGUGUAUGUGUUGUCAACACAAGACCUUAAACCAUUUACUGGGAGUUCUGUGUUUAAGUUAUGGAGGCUUCUUUAUGAAAUAGUUGUACGUUUUGAUGGUGUGUAAGGCCAGAGAGGUUGUUCUUCACUAGAAUUACUUAAGAUGGUAUUAUUUAUAAUGCAUAAUCUUUCUCUUGUAGUGUAUCAUUUAAAAUUGUUAACACUUGUCUACACUACAGCAGUUAUGCAAUGGUUUACAGAAUCCAUGGAAUUAUUUUUGUCAUCUUGGGAAUUAAAUAAUUUUUGAUCUUUAA